UUAUAGAUAUGAAUUUAUUUACUUAUGAACAACUGUAUUCUAGCUUUCUCAACAAGAAUUUGUUGAAUUCAGAUUGAUCGAAUUGCACGUGUGGCUUUUGAGAUCGCUCGAAAGCGACAGAGCAAACUAUGCUCCGUUGACAAAGCAAAUGUUUUGGAGGCAUCCAUGCUUUGGAGGAAAAGAGUGAACGAAAUUGCAUCAGAAUACUCUGAUGUACAACUCUCUCACAUGUAUGUUGAUAACGCAGCAAUGCAAUUGAUUCGAGAUCCAAGACAGUUCGAUACGAUAGUUACAAACAACAUCUUUGGUGAUAUAUUAUCUGAUGAGGCUUCCAUCAUUACUGGAAGUAUCGGAAUGCUUCCCUCUGCUAGUGUCAGUGAAUCGGGACCUGGUCUUUUUGAACCAAUUCAUGGGUCAGCUCCUGAUAUUGCAGGGCAGGACAAAGCAAAUCCAUUAGCGACGGUGCUCAGCGCUGCCAUGUUAUUGCGAUAUGGUCUUGGUGAAGAGAAUGCUGCAAGGAGGAUUGAGGCUGCUGUGAUAGAAACACUUAAUAAAGGUUUUCGAACUAGUGAUAUACAUUCUUCUGGAAUGGUGCUUGUGGGUUGCAAGAGAAUGGGAGAGGAAGUACUGAAAUCUGUGGAUUCAAAGAAUCCCAUUGUUGCUAUAAGCUGAGAUAAGUUACUUACAGGUAACAAUUCUGCGGGGAAGAAUCUUAUUGUUGAAUUAUGUUUUCUUGAUUUAUGUCAUCUGUUAUUGUUGGAAUGAUCCUGAUUGAUAUCUUUCUACUGUAAGAGCUAAGUAAUGAAUGAAUUUUUGUAGGCAGUAGUUUUCUAUGAAUAAAAAGGUAAUAAUCCACUUUUGGUUAUUGAGAUUUAAUGGAUAUUUGAA